CCAACUUGUGGCUACAUAAAUUAGGCUUGGCCUCAGCCCUUAGCCACACACCAUCCCGACAACAUGAGACCCAGCAGCUUCUUGGUUCUGGCGGUUCUCUUUGUCCUCGGCGUGCUGGUGGGACAGGCCGCUGUCAGGGGAGUUCCUUAUGGAGGUCAACAAGUGGAACAUGUGAUGGCCAAAGGACAAGGUUCAUAUCCAGCCAAAGGUUCACAUCCAGCCAAAGGUCCAGUCCAACAACCACAAAAAGUCCCCUCGAAGCCUGGCUCCUGCCCCAGGGUUCUGAUGAGGUGCGCCAUGAUGAAUCCCCCCAACGCCUGCAUGAGGGACUCUGAGUGCAAUGGGAACAAGAAGUGCUGCAUGGGCUCCUGUGGAAGAAUCUGCACGAGGCCCAGAAUGAGGAACUGAAUGGAGGAAGAGGUGGAGCCUGUUCUUGCUGCACCGGUGAAGGCCCAAGACUACAGUCCCUGGUCCCUACAGCAUUUGAACUCCUUUCCCACAUGGCUCAUUCUUCCUCUCAUCGAGGAUGCCUAAAUUUGGGCUUCUUCCCUCAGUGAUUUCUCAAUAAAAGACUGCUUUCUACUCCA